CCUAUCGAUCUUAACCUGCUGGAAAUGGGUUGUUGCUAUUAAUAUAUUUUCGAAGAAGUCUUUAAAUUUUUAGUAAUUUAUAUGAUAAAAACUACCGGCAUGCCUUCAAACUCGUCGUGUGUUGAUGGGUGGGAGCUAAAAGGACAUCUGGGACAAGGUGGCUUUGGCGAAGUGCGGCAUUGGAAAAACCGCAGAACAAACCAGGAAAUAGCCACUAAGCACAUAAAGCAUGACAUACAGCAUAAGAUAAGCGUUGAUCAGCAGGAAACUAUGAAAAAUCGCUGGCUUCAGGAAUUUGAAUGGUCGCGCAAAUUUAAUAAACCCUUCAUUGUUGCCGGCAUUGAACUGGGCAACGAUUCUAAGUCAUUUGUCGCGUACUUGAAUGGAAAUCACAUUUGGAGCCUGCCAGUUAUAAUACUCGAGUAUUGUAAUGGAGGGGAUGUACGAAAACUUUUGGAAAAGCCUCAAAAUGCAAACGGCCUGCCAGAAUUUGAGGUACGCGAGAUUUUGUUUGCUCUUCGACAAGCGAUAGACUUUUUACACAGCAACUGCAAAAUCUGUCAUCGUGAUCUAAAGCCAGAUAAUAUAGUAAUACAUCGUUCGGGCAAUGGUCGCAAAAUUUUCAAGCUAACUGAUUUUGGCCUGGCACGCGAUACGCCAGAGAAGACGAUCCAGCAAAGCAUCGUUGGCACAAGGCAUUAUUAUGCACCCGAGGUGGUGGACACAGGCAAGUACAAGGAGACGGUGGACUACUGGUCAAUGGGUGUGAUUGCUUACGAGGUGGCAACUGGUGAAUUGCCUUUCAUACCCCACCAAACAGUUUUCAAUAUUCAUAUCAAUAUUGAACAAAAGAAACGUGAUUGUAUUGCCAUAACAGAGGAUUGGAAGAACCCGAAUCGCUUCCUCUUUCAUACCAAUAUUCCGAUCGGCCACCAUUUGAGCCAACCGUGGUUGGCGAAAUUUGUAAAGUGGCUGCGCCUAGCGUUCGACUACAAUCAUUCAAAGCGCGGCGGCUUAGCGGCAACUGAUGAAGUACAAGAUGGAGUUACAGGACCUGCAAUUUUCACACAGAUCGAUCGUAUGCUGCAGACGAAGGUGCUGACAGUUUUUGCUGCGAGUAUUUAUAAACUUCUUGAAUACGAAUUGACGCCCGACAUGACAUUGCAGCAAUUGGCAAAGCUAAUUGAACGAGACACCAAAUUUGAAAUAAAUACGAUUUAUUUUGUGCUACCUACGGGUCACCCACACAAGCGUCUGACAGCACAAACCACACCCAUGGAUCUCUAUGUGGACGAUUGGCGGGAUACUAGCGAGGAAUCGCGGAAUCCACCAGUCAUGCUCUACAUUUUUAACGUAAUGGAAAAGUUAAAAUUUGAGCCGCCCACACCAAAUAUUCCCGAUAUGCUACAGCAUUUCCUUAGCAAAUGUGAUAUUAAGUUAGAAAAGUGGUUGGCUAGGCGUAUCAUAUUGGAAAUGCAUUAUAUGCUUAGCACAGAGCAAGCACUCGUUAAAAUGCUGCUUUGUGGGUGUAAAGAAUACGCCCUCACUCUGGAACACGAAAUUCUCGAAUGUCAGACCAUCAUUAAAAAUUUAGAAAGGCAAAAGGACAAAAGCUGUGGUGUCAUAGAACAGUUCCAUGCUCUGAUAGCUGCUGCAAAAGAGCAGAACAAAUUUCAAUUGGCUGAUAACCAAGAAUGGCAAUCCAAAUUGAUGAAUGUUGUCCGAAAACAUGGUGAAAUCGUCAAUUCCAUUGAAAGCAUCGUCCAUCAUUAUGAAUCCACAUUGCGUACAGUACGGAGAGAUGCAAUAAAGGCCAGUGAAGAGAUCAAUGACAAGAUGCUAAAGACUGAUAUUUACAAGAUCAAGACUUUUCAGCUGCUUCUCGGUGCCGAUACCACAACUUGCUCAGAUAUGCAAAAUAUUUCCAUUGAAUUUGCUCAAGCUCGCUAUGCCUUUCUCACGGAUGAAAGCAUAAAACAAUUACGCAUGACCAUAAAUGGGACACAUUUUCGCUUUAGAAAGAUUGCAAGUGUUACUCAAAAUGCCGUAGAAAAUCUAAAUGCUGUUCAGGGGGAGUUGUUGCAACUGGAAUUGGAAAUGUUGCCACCGCCGGCCAUAUUUCAGCUGAAUAAUGCGAUGAGCCGGAUGAGUUUUCAUGUCGAUAAUAUUCAAGCACCAGCUAGUUUGGAUCCUUUCGAUAGUUUGUCCACCGAUAAUAUUAUCUCCCAGGCGAUGGCCAUCAGCCAAUUAAUGGAUCAUGAAAUGGACAUAGAACACAAUUAAAUUUGAAUGCCUUCCAGAUUACUGCUUGAUAUUUAGUGAAUAUAUUGUUUUAUCACUUUAAUUUAGCAUUUUAUGACUGUAAGCUCGGAGCUAUUUUUUACAGCUUAAAAUUUAAUCAAUUAUGUUUUUCGCUGUUAUUGCUUUUGUAAAGCAACGU